UCUUUAAGGGAGAACCCCCCUCCGAAAGAUGAUUUUUCUUAGAAAAUUCGAUUUUCCAAAAAGCACAUAAUCUUGUAGCCCUGAUUGUCCUCUUUCAGAAUAUGUAUAAAUAAUAUAUAAAUGGAAGAUAUUCAACCCCAUUUUGGUGGGUUACUUGAAAGCCAUAUAUGAGAGAAGUACGUAUUAUCGUUUCUUCGUAUUUCUUGACAUUCUAAAGUAAUCUUCAUAUCGAGUAAUUAUGCCCUUAACUCGUUUUGGUGGUUUUACAAAGGUUUUGUAGUUUCAAAACAGUGAAAAUUCUGGAAAGGGUGGCGCUACAGUAAACUCAAAUUCGUAAAUUUGUUUUAUUUUUUGUCGCAAAUCGCAUGAAAUGAAACAACAUUUUGUGCGCUUCCCAACGAUGUGUAACAUGCUACAAAUUUCUACACAGACACACUGCAAACUACUUCACAAUGUUGUUAUUCGUUUUUCUCAGCUUCGCUUUUUUAACGUUUGUUGACCAAUCCGGAGCAUUUUCCCCGCCCACCUUUACCUUUUAAUGAAUAUUGCUGAUUUCGUUUUUAUUCGAAAGAUCAAACUUUUCUCUACAAAUUGUUGGAACAGAUUUCUAAAAUACGUAUCUGUUGUUCAGAUAUAUGAAAAUCCUGGAAAGAGCUCAAAACAGUCUUCCUGAUUCUCAGUUCAAAAUGACCACUACAUUUCAACGAAAACGAAUUUCAAAAAACUGUUCCAAAAAUUUGUAGAUACAAGUUUUUUCUUCUUUUUGAAACAAUUCUCGCCAUUAUGCGUACUAUUGUGCACCGGGAAAAUGUUCCGAGUCAAAGGCCCCGUUUUUACGACUGCAUUCUGUAUAAUUCCUCAAUUAUGAGAAAUGAUUGGUUCAAAUUUUUAUUAUAUGCUAGUUAUAUCACUUUUUCUAUUUUCUGAAAUUUUCAUCGACAUCCGUUGUACCGUUUAGAAGAUAGGUUUCGGAGAGGAAGGGGGGGGUCCCUUAAUUUGUUAUUUAAAUCUUUUAUUAAUAUUAAAUAAAAGAUUUUCAAAAUCAUCUCGUCAACGUCGAAUGGAUCAACGUGCUGUACGUAAUCAAGCAAAUCUUCAACUAAUUGAUAAAAAAUUAAAUGAACUUAAAUUUAAUGAAGAAAUUGCUUUUAACAAUGUUGAUCUUACAACAUUUACUUGUUGUUUAACAUUAAAUAAUUGUCAAGAUAUGAUGAUUGAAAGUCAAGAUGAUAUUAUGGGUGUUGGUCUUGUUGUUGAACGACAAGAGCAUGUUGUUGAUGCACCAACAUUAAUAUCUGUUAAACAUGUAUCAGUAACAAUUCUUUCACGUUCAGCAUGUGAUGAUGCAAUUAAAAUGAAACUUAAUAUUGGAGAUGCAGCUCAACUUCAUGGAGGUUUUAUUGCAUCAAAAACAAAUGCACCAACUACAAGUACGAAUCUUAAUCAACGAAAAAUUAAAAAUCAACCAUCAGAAUUUACUCGUGGUGUUGCAGCUGAACCAAUAAAUACAUUUUUACCACUUUAUAUAUGUGAUGCACAUUUUGAACGUGUUCAAGUUAUGUUAGAACCUAUACUUGGUUAUAUAUUUACACUUGAUAUAAGUGGUUAUAAAAGUGAUCAACUCUUAGGUCUCUAUUCAAUUCUUGGUCAAAUGAUGAAUGCUAGUCCUCGAAAUAAUUCUGAACGUGAAGAAAUUAUUUUAUAUGAAUUUAAGCGUUUAUGUCAUGGCCUUCUUCCACAAACACUUGAAUAUCUUGGUCAAGAAAAUGAUAUUUUGAAAAAAUUUAUGGCAAAUCCAACUGGUCGUAGUAAAGCACAUAUACAAAAUUUAAUGACACUUUUUGGUUAUAUUCAUGCAUUAGAUAUAAAAACAAUUGAUGAAUCAUUACGUUAUGCUAUUGUUGAAGAAAUCUAUCGACGUCAUUUUUCUUAUAUAUAUCAUGGUACAUCAGAUAAUAUUAUUAAUGAACAUUUACAAUCACUACUUUAUGAUAAAGAUGAUGAUAAUAAUAAUAAUGAUACAAAUAAUGAAUCAAAUAUAAAUGAUUUCUCUUAUGUUAAAACAAAAAAUGAUAAAACAAAUGAUGGUCAUUUUGGUCAAUAUGCUCGAGCAGUAUUUAAAAAAAAUGAAAAAAAUCCUAAAAUUCCAACAGAAAAUAUUGAUAUUGAAUUUGAAAUACCUGAACGACCAAUAAGUUCAAUGAAUAAUAAAAUACGUUCAAAAAUGAUUGAAUUAUUAUCUUCUUUUUCAAUAAAACCAAUUCAAAAUGUUCUUGAUCGUUUAGGUAUUCGUAUGAUGGAUAUAUCAAAUGAACAGGAAUGUCUUAUACUUCGAUCAAUGCUUGUUCAAUGUCUUCGAUUUUAUUCAAAUGAAUCAAUUAAUUCAGCUGUUUUAAAUAAAACAUUUUUUAAUGUACAAACAGAUUUUGAACGAAUUCUUAUUGUUGCACAUGAAGAAUUUGAUGCUAAUCGUGAAAAUUUAGCAAAAAAUAAAAUUGAACAAAUUCGUGCACUUGAAAUAGCACGACGUACUGUAUUAACAAAUGAUAUUGGCGUAUAUCUUGGUAGAAUGAUGGUCUAUGCACCAACACGUGGUGGAAAAAUAUUUGAUACUAUAUUAAGUUUAUUACUUGAUCGUAGUCAAAAACAAGUGCCUUUAUUAGCAGAAAAAAUAUCAAUAAUAUUUACAGGUCGUUAUAAAGAACAUCGUGAUGCUGAAAAAGAAUUUGAUGUAUUGAGUAAUGGUAUUGCUUGGUUUCCGGAUCGAUCAAUUAUUACUCGUGUAAAGGAAGCACUUGGUGAAGAUCAAUGGGAUGAUUUAGAUCGACUGAUGAGAGGCCGUACUUGUGGUCAUGUCUAUCGUUUAUCGGAUAUUCCUAACCGUCAUGGUUAUUGUAAUUCACAUCCAAAUCCACUUUUGGUUGUUCGAUGGUCUCCAUAA